AUGAUCUUCUUCACUUAUUUGUUUGAAGGCCUGUUGUGCCUCUUUCUCCCAUUUCUUCUUUCAUAUUCAGAAUCUGAAUGGGGGUUUCUGUGGACAAAGACAUUUCUCUUUCUCGUUAUUCUGGUCAAUUUAGCCGAAUUUUUGAAGCAAUAUGUAAUGCCGAGUCCUAAUGGAACGAGUGGUCAUGGCGGUAGUGGGAAAGGCACUCUACUGACUCUGCCAGCUCUCCUCCUUGGUAGUGAUUUGGGUUUUAUUCGGGUAGGUCAUAUGAGUGUGGACUUGGUUACUUCAACCAUGACAUUCACGGACCCUUUAUGGGUACCAAAUCCUGCAGCUGCGGCCGCUGCGGCUGCUGAAGCCGCUGCCCAGGGGGAAGAAGAUGAGGCUGGAGAUGGCAGCUACUUGAGAGCUACGUUCCCUUCUUCGAUUAAAGAUUUUAGCAAAGAGACCAAAGAUUGUGGGCCUUCGGACAAUUUUGAAACAACUGCUUCCUUAUGUCGGCUGUUUGGAACACAUGUGCAACUUAAGGUGACAGAAUCUAAAAAAGAGAAUCACAUCACAUGUUAUCAUAUUGUGUGGGCAGCUUUAUCAAAAGAUUUCAUUCCACAAAACUGCUUUGAGCUAGAUGAAGCUUACUGGUAUGGUGGCCCUGAAGUAUCUCGACAGAUGUACCCAAUUGAGAAAAGUAGCAUACCAAUGGUUCCUUUUGUACCUGGAUUUGACCCAUCUCUCAUUCACAGUAAUCUAUCCCUAGGUCCUAUUUUAGAGAGGUAUUGGAUUAAUUCUCAAGGCACUGGAAUUGUUGUGGAUAAUUUGAUCCCCUUGCAUUCAUUUACAUUUGAUCUUGCUAAUAUCUAUGCCUUACCAUUUAAUUUCUCUUCGAGUAUACCCAUGAAGAAUCCUUCUGAAUAUUUAACCAAACUAGCAGAAUUUGCUUAUGUAGCUGAUCAUAAAGCAGUUGUCCCAGGAGCCUUUCAAUCCCAGAAGGUUCCGCUGUUUGUUGAGACAGUAGCAAAGAAUGCAACAUGGGAUUACAAUAGUGGAUUGAAGAAUGUUAUUCCAAAUAUACUGACUCUUGGCAUUCUUGGUUAUCCAUUUAUUCUUCCUAGUGCCAUUGGAGGAUCCAAUGGCACAGAUAGCCCACCUGCAAGCAAGGAUCUGUUUAUUAGGUGGGCACAAAUGGCCACUUAUUUUCCAAUCAUGCACUUCUCUAUUCCUCCGUGGUAUUUUGAUGAGGAAACAGUGAAAAUCACUCAGAGUUUAGUGAAGAUACAUCAAAGAAAUGUUGUCCCUUUAUUGAAACACUUGAUGAAGGAAGCUGAAGUGACAGGUGCUCCAAUCAUCCGGCCAGUCUGGUGGAUUGCUCCUGAAGAUCCAAUUGCUCUUCGAAUUGAUUGUGAGUUUUUGCUUGGCGAUAGGCUCCUUGUGGCACCAAUUCUGGACCCUGGUAAUACAUCCCGGAAUGUUUACCUUCCACAUGGACAAUGGACUGAUGUUUUAAGUGGUAAAAGAAUUGAAGGUGGACGAUGGUACAAAGAUUACAAAGUACAGCUUCAUCAAAUUGCUACUUUCCAGAAACUUAAAUCAGUUGUUUGA